AGAUACAUUAGUCAAUAUCAGAUCAGUGCCAUGUACAAUUACUUAAGAAAUAGGAUUGUUUCUUUGCGUAAGACAAAAAUCCCGACCAGAAAGCUUCUGGAAGCGUAUAGAUGCCAUCUCAGUUUUUCUGAUUGUAAAUAUUUUUGCAAAUUUCGAGAUUUGUAGGAGAAAGUUAAAUGUUGAAAGUCUGGAGUUUAUUUAGACAUUUCAAUUAGGGUUUUAAAUUAAUAUUAAAGAUAUCUUUGUUUACGAAGGAAUUCUUUCGAAGAAACAAAAACUGGACCGUUUAUUUAAUCAUGCCGGCAUAGAAUAUUCAUUCAGCAAAAACAGAUGGAAUUUUACCGCUUUUUUGUUGCAAAACAAAUGUGGGGAAAUUUUUGGAAAAGUGCAAUACCAUCUGUCGCAUGUUCAUUGGGAGUGAAGAAUAAGGAUGUGGCGUGAGAUAUGAGGAUAUGACAGAAUGAUUUCACAUAUCUGGCGUACAAUUCAGGACAACGUAAAGAUUUAAGGACAAUUAUGUGCUGAUGAUUAUAAAGAAAUUGGAUAUAAUACAUAUUUUCGUAUAGAAGAAGACUAGAGCAGGAUACUAAUAUAUUCCACUUAAUGAAAGGACAAUGAUCUAAACAAACGCACAUGCUUCCGGGAAGAUAUCAAAUACUCUUCAUUUAGAAGGCUGUAACUUCCGGAAUUGCAUUCUAUCUGAUCCUGAUCUCGGAUUGUAUUUGAUCGAUCGAAAAGAUAAAAUAAUGUUUGUUCACGUAAUUAAUGGAACAUGUCAGUGACGAAAUAAUUGAUAAGUUUCGUAAUUUAUGUUACAAACAAAGAUCUAAAGCUUAUUUAAGUGUCAGAUUUGCUUCUCAGUGAAUACCACUGAUGAUGUUGUGCGCGCAAUGUGUUGGUUGCAGACAAGCCGUCUGUGAUCCUGGGUUUUACGGAUUAAAUUGUAAUGAAACUUGUAAUCCCAACUGCCGUGCUGUUCCCUGUUCUUCGUGCUCGUGUGAAGUGUGUAACCAGCUCAACGGAAACUGUACAAACGGUUGUGAUUCGGGAUGGUUCGGUGCUAGAUGCGAGACAAUAUGUCCAGACAAGUGCAUGUACAUGGAAGGACAUUUAGAAAUUUGUAAUCGUGAAACAGGGAACUGUUUGUUUGGGUGUCAAAACGAUUACUAUGGAGAUAUGUGCAAUAACACGUGUCAUAUUGGAUGCACGGAUUCAUUAUGUGAAAAACCAAAUGGAACUUGUGUUAAAGGAUGUCUGGAUGGUUACAAAGGGGAUUUUUGUGGUGGUUCAUCUCCAGAUGAAGGUGGUCUGAACAAUGAUGAAAUUGCCGGGGCCCUCGGGGGAGCGUUUGUUGUCAUCUUGUGGGCAACCGUAGUUAUUGUUCUCAUCUUCGUUAUUUGGAGGAGACGUUUAAAAGACUACGAAGUUUUUAACCGAAAUGACAAUUUUGGAAAUGAUUCAAACAGAAGCUCAAGCAGACGACGUUUACGGCGACAAAGCAGUAGUUCGUCUGUUAGCGGAACAGCAAACCAUAUCCUUGCCGAGGAACAACAAUUAACGGAAGGCCAGAGUUUGGUUCCUGUUCAUAUGAACAAACACAGACCUUUGAUUGAGAAAAGAUCAGUGACAUUCGAUACAGAUUCGCCGGUACACUGCACGUGCACUUAUGGCGGAUCAUCACGAGACUUUUAUGUUUGCCGAGGGGCAGGGAUGGAACAGGAUGAAUAUGAACAAGAACUACAAAACCAUUUGCACGAAUUCCACGUACAUUUUACAAAUGAGCAUGAUACUGGACAAUUUCCAACGAGAAGAGCUUCGUCAGAGGGCGAUAUUAGUGAAUUAUCAGCUGUGUGGAAGCCUAUACGAUAUUAAAUCACGGGAGGUACUUAUUUAAAGAAAGAGAGGUACUUAAGUAAUAUGGAAUUAUUUUUGGAAGGCGUUCAAAUUCCAUUCCAAUAAUUAAUGAUGACAUUCAAAACUGAUAUUGCUCAGUAUUUCUACAUGACAAUUCGUUCAGUAAAUUGUUUGCUUAAAUGCUAAAUAUAACUGCCCCUGUCGUAUGAUGUUCUAUAGGAAAGUUUAGUAUGAUUGAAUCGUUAAAAGAAAUCGUGUGGUAAAUGAGAAUAAAUAAAGAAUAUACAA